UAUUAACUUCAUUUUCCAAAAGAGGUUAGCCGUGCCACAAACCCUAAGCUUAGAUUAUCUCCUUCUCCGUGCAACGACACGCCUCCUCCGACGAGACCUGCUGCCACUACCGCCUCCUACGCGACCAUGAUCGCACAAUUCUUCUUUUCACCCUUUGCACGAUUCUUCAUUUCUCCCUCUGCGCGACUACUAUCUUCGCACGCGAUCGUUGCUCCUUCGCACGCCAUCCAUCGCUGCUCCUCCCCGUGCGACCACUCCUUUUCCCUCUACGUGCAAUUUUGCUCCAUUCCUUCUCCCUUCGCGUGCCUCUUCCUUCAAGUUUUGUUGUCGUUGUUGCCUCCGAUGCGAACACCACAGUUUACGACAAUGUCACGGGAGGUAGAAUCAAACACCGAGCCACAAGCAGUGUCAUCUUCCAAUUGCAUUAAUUCUAAGAGGACUAAUGUUGUUUGGAAGCAUUGUACACCGGUGAGAGAGAAUGAUACAAAUGAGAUUUUUUGUAACUAUUGUCGAAAGGUUAUGAAAGGAGGUAUCACAUGGGUGAAACAUUUGAUUGGAAAGGCUGGUAAUGUUACAGCUUGUUUGAUGGCUCCUGAAGCUGUCAAGGUUGAGAUAAGGGCAACUAUGGAUUUAUGGAAUUUGGAAGUUUUGAUGCUCGGCUACCUCCCAUUGGUGAUUUUAGAUUGAAGGAUAUUAGGAAGGGACCUAUGGACCUUUACAAUCAAUUUCAAUCUACAACUGCAAAAAGUAGGAAGGACAAGGUGGUGUAAGCGGGCAUAAGAGAGCUUUGUGAUAAAAAAGCUACAGAAAGGGUGUGCCAAUAUAUAGCACACUUUUGGUACCAAGCUGGCAUACCUUUCAACUUGAUAAAGUUGGAAAGUUUCCAAAAUAUGCUUCAUGAAAUUGGGCAUCUUGGGAAGUAUUUGAAAGCUCCUUUCUAUCAUAACAUUAGAGUACCACUCCUUCAAAAAUAGGUGGAGUACACUAAUGAAUUAAUAAAGCCACUAAAGGAUCAUUGGGCAAGUUUUGGGUGUUCCUUAAUGUCAAAUGCUUGGACUGAUAGGAAACAAAAAAGCAUAAUCAAUUUUUUGGUGAACUCCUCUUUUGGGACAAUGUUCUUAAAGACGGUUGAUGCAUCUGACUAUGUAAAGACCGGUGAAAAGAUAUUUGAGUUGCUGGAUUCCAUUGUGGAGGAGAUUGGAGAACAAAAGGUUGUCCAAGUUAUAACAUCAACGGAAGUAAUUAUGUUCUUCCUGGUAGGUUACUAUAGGAAAAAAGACCAAAAAUUUAUUGGACUCCUUGUGCUGCAAAUUGUAUAGAUUUGAUGUUAGAGGACAUUGGUAAGCUACCCAAUAUAAAGAAGACCAAUCAGCGAGCUAUCUCUCUUGUUGGCUUCAUUUAUAGCCAUUCAAGCACUUUAAGCAUGUUGAGGUUCUUUAUUGGUGGGAGGGAGUUAGUGAGGCAUGCAAUCACUCGAUUUGUAACAUCUUAUCUUUCCUUGGAGAUGAUUCAUGCAGAGAAAACUAAUCUUCGAAAGAUGUUAGUGUUAGAAGAGUGGAAUGAAAACAAGCUAGCAAAGGAGGCCAAGGGAAAGGAAGCCACUAAAACUGUCUAGAUGCCUAGUUUCUGGAAGAAUGUAGUUUUCAUUCUGAAAGUGAUGGCUCAUCUUAUGAAAGUGCUUAGGCUACUGGAUAGUGAGAAAAAACCAGCCAUGAGCUACAUAUAUGAGGCAAUGGACAAGGCGAAGGAAACUAUUAUGAAAUCUUUUAAAAAUGAAAGAAAAUUCAAGGACAUGUUUGCAAUCAUUGAUACAAGAUGGGUAUUCAGCUUCAUCGCCCUUUACAUGCUGCUGUUCACUUUUUGAACCCAUUGUUCUUUUAUGCCAACCCACAGAUGGAGUUUAAUGGUGAGAUUAUUAGGGGUUUGUAUGAUUGUAUUAAUAAAUUGUUGGGAGAUUUGGAGAUGGAGAAGAUUGUUCAUAAGGAGUUGGCUCACUAUAAAGUUGCGAGUGGUAUGUUUGGGUCCACAACUGCUAUAGCAAUGAGGGGUGAAGUUGCAUCGGCUCAAUGGUGGCGGGUGGAUGGUUUAGAUACUCCCUAUUUGCAACAACUUGCAAUAAGGAUCCUUAGCUUGACAUGUAGUGUUUCGGGUUAUGAUCGUGAUUGGAGUGUCUUUGAGCAAGUUCAUACAAAGAGAAGGAAUAGACUCGAGCAUAAAAGACUACAUGACUUGGUAUUUGUUAAGUAUAAUCAUGCACUCCAUCAAAGAUAUAACCUUAAGGAUGAAAUCGAUCCAAUUAGUCUCAAUGGGAUUGAUGAAUGCAAUGAGUGUCUAAUUGGAGAGAUGGAUGGAGAAGAAGGUGAAGAUGAGAGGGUUCAUGAAGGAGAUGAUGACCUUGGAGACAAGUUUAUCAAGCUUCGGGACUUGAUGAGCCUAGACAAUACACUAGGCGUCACAAAAGGAGAGGGGCAAGUGGAGAGGAGCAAGUAGGAAUAUCUACUAAUCUUUCUAAAAGAGUCAAAGGAGUAGCUUCAAAGAACAAGGGGAAAAGGGUUGAAGAAGUCGAGGCUUCAGAAUAUUCUAGUAAUGAGGAGGAGGAAUUAGUGGCAAAUGCUAAUUUCAUACAUUCAGAUGGAGAAGAAGCUGAUUAAUUAUGCAAACAUUGAUGAGGAUGAAGAGGAUUAAACAAAAUAGUUUUAGGAAUUGCCAUUGUGUUUUGCUGUUUUUUAACAUUGUUUUUUUUGUUUUGAUGACUAUUUAAUCCUUUUGUUAGUU